AUACGGCAACUCUGAAUGCUAAAAAGACAAAUUUGGCGGAAAAAUUAAGGUCACGAAAAAACCUUUUUAGUGAUAAAAUUAUAUCAGAAUAGGCAGCAAGAAGAGCUGACAAUUGGAAAAGUAAAAAAAAAAAAAAAAAAAAAUGGAGCUUUUUUCGAGAUUUAUUUUUACGAUUUCAUUUUUACGUGGAGUGGUUGCGAUGUACUACGACAUGAAUGAAGAUUUCAGCAAUUUAGUGAUUGUUGCGCAGAAAAAUCAUGUUUUGCUAACAGAAUGCAUGCUUUUCUGUACAAAGCUGAACGCAAUAACGUUGUCUAAAGACGAAGAAGAUAUUCGGAGUGAUUGUAUUUGCGUCAAAAAGAAAGAAAACGAUGGGUUUUUUUCGACUGCUUUAGUUGAUACAGAAAAAUAUGUUAUGUACACGCCAUUCGAAAGUAACCUGUCUGAAGGAAAACCAGCCGAACAAAGUUCGACAGUUUACGAUUUCGCUGCAAGCAGAGCCUUUGAUGGAAACGUGCACCAAUAUUUGAGUGAUAACAGUUGCUCGCAUACAAAUUGGCAGCAACCUGUAUGGCUUCGUGUUGAUCUGCAAAAAUCCUGUAUCAUAACCAGAGUUAAGAUAUACAAUUUAAUAAGUCAUGCAUAUCGACUGAAGAAUGCAAAAAUUGAAGUGGCGGCGUCUUCAGAUAUGUUAAAGAGCAAACAAAUUUGCGCUAAGGUGCCAAAGAUAACUACUUUGGAUCAAAUCCAAAGUUUUGAUUGCUCACCAUAUACCACUGGAAGGUAUGUGCAGUUAAUUAAAAAAAGAGAGGAAUACUUAAAUGUUUGCGAGAUGCAAGUUUUCGGCUAUGAAAACAUGUUUUAUGACUUAAAUUAACAGAGCAUCGCAAGAACUUUAUAAGUACCCAUUCAAUAAUUACGUAACACCCGAGGGUUGGGGGUCAUUUUUGUUACGAGCUGUCAUGAAAAUUUUGAGGCGGUAAGGUUUAGAGCUCUUUUACAUCUUGAAUUUGUUUCUUGCCUCUGGACUUACGCAAAAGUACCAAAAAUGUCAUCUUGUGUGCUAUGGCCCUGCUACAUGUUUUUUACAUAUUAGAACACUAGUUUGCCUGAUUAUCUGUUACAUGAAGGUGUUUCAUAUUAUGGGAAAUAAAUAGAUGAGGUCUUAAGAUUCGUGGGUGGGUGUUACUAGAUUUGUUACGAUGACAAGACGUGGGGGGAGGGUGGUAAAACAUUGCGAACUUGGGUAUUAUGUAAUUAUUGAAUAAGCAAUUGCACAAUUAUAAUAUAGAUUUAGUUCGACUAUUAUUUAUUUAAUUUUAUUUUGUAAGGUACACUCAAACCGGGCGAACCGGGCAAACCUGGCGAACGGGGCAAACCGAACUAGAGUUUAAUGAAGGGGUUUAAGGCAAAAUGCAGCCUUCAGCAGAAAGAAUUCUCCUAAUAAUAUCAAAGUCUCAGUAUAAUAAGUAUUCACAAUAAUUUUUUUUGGAGAUCAUAUUGACAUUUUGUAAGCACAUUUUUUGAGUUAUAACCAUAUCAAAUACACAGUUUUUUUGUUUCUUCGUCUUUUUCUUCUUCUUUUUUUUACAGAGUACGCAGCGCAUUAUUGAAAAUACACUUCUUUGUUCAGUCGACAACUAAGUAGCUUCACGAAAUUUGACUUACGGUUAGUGGCUAAGGACAAAACAAAGAUUUAUGUUUCGUAGCGUUGAGUAGCGCAAUUCAUCCUCUUUGUAAAACAUGUGAAGCACCUUUCAUGACAAUCCGACUCUCAGAAAUGAUAAGGCUCUGACGGUAGGGCUAUUUUUGCUCGACUAUAUUUUUUUUGUAAAAAUUGAUGUCUUCCGAAGAUUUUUAGACAAAUAUUUUAUAAUUUUGCUUUUGUCUUUAAU